AUGAUGAUGGGUUUCAAAGGUUUAAUUUGUUUCAUCAUCCUUCUUUCAUGUCUGUCGUUCUCAUCGGCAGAAAACGUGAAAGUUUCCAUUAGAGCAGCAACUACAAUCGCUAGAACAGAUGCUAACUUCGUCUGUGCUACGUUAGACUGGUGGCCAACAGAUAAGUGCGACUAUAAUCAAUGUCCUUGGGGAAAAGCUGGACUUUUCAAUCUGGAUUUGGAAAACAAGAUUCUAGCAAGUGCAAUUAAGGCAUUCAAUCCUUUGAGGAUCAGAAUCGGUGGUUCAUUGCAAGAUCAAGUGGUGUACAAAGUGGGAAACGUUACGAAGUGCCCUCACUUCAAGAAAGUCAAGGAUGGUUUAUUUGGAUUCUCCGAAGGGUGCCUUCCCAUGGAAAGAUGGGACGCGCUAAAUAACUUGUUCAACCGAACAGGAGCAAAGAUUACAUUCGGAUUGAAUGCUCUUUCGGGAAGAAAUGAGUCUAAAACUAACAAGGGUCUUUGGGUUGGUGAUUGGCGUGUGGACAAUUCCAGGGAUCUGAUGAAGUAUAGUAUUAAGAAAGGAUACAAAAUCGAUUCAUAUGAAUUUGGGAAUGAACUCUGUGGGUCUGGGGUAUCUGCAAGGGUAGAGGCUAAGCAGUAUGGUAAGGAUACUAUAGCACUUAAGAAUCUAGUAAGAGAGUUGUACCCAGAUCCCAAGACUCAACCCAAGAUCUUAGGUCCUGGUGGAUUUUAUGACGAGGAAUGGUUUGAGACCUUCCUGAAAGUCACAGGACAAGAUGUUCUUGAUGGAACCACACACCAUAUCUACAAUCUUGGACCUGGUGAUGAUCCGAAGCUGAUUACAAAGAUUCAAGAUCCAUUUUACCUGAGUCAAGUUGCUCAGACAUUCAAAGAUGUUGCUAAGAUCGUCGAGAAGUUUGCACCAUGGUCAGAAGCUUGGGUUUCAGAAUCAGGUGGUGCUUAUAACAGUGGUGGCAAAGAUGUGUCCCGUACCUUUGCCAAUGGCUUUUGGUAUCUAGACCAGCUGGGUAUGACAUCAAACUUCAAUCACAAGGUUUAUUGCAGACAAGCUUUGAUUGGUGGCAAUUAUGCUCUCCUGAACACUACAACAUUCGUUCCAAAUCCUGAUUACUAUGGAGCUCUCCUAUGGCACCGGCUUAUGGGAAGUAGAGUAAUCUCUGCAACUCAGGAUGUUUCUCCACAUCUGCGCGUGUACGCUCAUUGUGCAAAACAAAAGCCUGGGAUUUCCCUACUUUUCAUCAACUUGUCAGGCGAGAAAUCCUUCGAAGUCACCCUUUCCAACGCCAUAGACAUGCAAGUUAAGCCCAACUUCGAGUUCAAAGGCUCCCAGAAUAGGGAGGAGUACCAUUUGACUCCCGCAGAUGGAAACAUCCAAAGCGAUGUCAUGUUGCUCAAUGGAAAUCCAUUGAAGCUCAAGGGUGAAUCCGAUAUUCCGGAACUCAAACCUACGCGCGUGGAUCCUAAGACUCCCAUCUCCGUUGCAUCUCACUCUAUCGUUUACGUAACUAUCAAAGACUUCCAUGCUCCAGUCUGUGCUUAG